ACUUGCUAACGUCGUUAAGCUAAGCUAACAUAAAUGUAUACUAUUUAGCGGCUCCGUUGUCUGGCAGCUAAAGCACUUUCCAGGUAAGCUUGGGAAGUUACCUCAGCGCCAGUGGUGCAAAACGUUUAGUUAGCGCUUUUCGUUAGCACGCAGCGAGCUGCUCGUAACCCGAAACAAAGGGGCGAUAUAGUAACUUAACACUGAGCUAAGUAGGCUUCGGUUAGCUGAGGGUGGCAGCAGCCAGCGGCGUGUUAAAGCCCCUCCACACAGCUCGCUGUUUCCAGUCCUCUGCUGACACUUUACACAGCGACACACAACAAACUUAACGCAGCACCGUCUCGUUUCACCCAAAUCAGGACUAUCUACGCACCUCUCGUUACAUUUCUAUGUUCGUUUUUAAUCGUGAGCUUCAACCCCAAGAGUGUCUGCGUUUAUCAAGCAGCCCGGUCAGGGCUGCUGCUUGACGAAACGUGGGGGCUCUCUCAUGAUCCCACCGUUCAUCUGAUGAACCCCCUUACCUCCAUGAAACCCUCCCUGCCUCCCACUCCACAAAGCACUGACAGCCCCUUCCUAAAUGAGCCAGUCUCCUGGCAACCAGGCACCAAUCAGCACGCACGUUCUCUCUCUGUAGUAACCACAGUGUGGGGCGUGACCAAUCCCACACACAGCCAGAGAGAAAAACUAUCCAUCCUUGCUACCACAUUUGCAGCACCACAUUAAAAAUUAACAUCUGCAUGCAGGUGUUUGGUGCACCCAUGGGCCCUGGUGAGAGCUCCGGUGGUCACAUGAUGCCUGGUGGCAGCCCUGGUAUGGGUGGUGGCAUGGGCUCCCAGUUCAUGGGCCAGCAGUCGUACGGAGACUCCAUGUCUAAAGGCUACAGCCAGCCAGUCAUGUACGGACGACCCACCGCUGCCUACAACACAGCAGCAGCCUACGGAGGAAGUUACUCUGGUAACAGUGGAAGUGCCGGUAUUGGUGUUCGCCCUCCGUCAGACUUCACCCAGGCUGCCGCUGCUGCCGUUGCAGCCGCUGCUGCCACAGCGACUGCCACAGCCACUGCAACUGUUGCAGCAAUACAAGAAAAACAAAACCAGGAGCUGAGCUACAGUCAGAUGGGAGGAGCAUCGUCAUACGGCACCCAGUUUUUAUCUCAUUCAGGCCCUCGGGGCCCCCCAGGGAUGAACCCCGGUGGGAUGGUCCCCUCCAGACCUGGACCUCCACCUUCCACAGGAGGCAUGUAUUCAUCUCACCCUGCGCAGGCUCAGAGGAUGCCUCAGCACGGAGGAUAUCCAGCCGGACAACAGGGCCUCAAACGGCCAUUUCAUUCUGAGGGUUUUCCAGGGCAACAGUACAGUUCUGGAGGGAUGCCUGCCUUCUCCAGCCAACCUCUGCAGUACCCUACCAACCCUCAGCAGAGAUGUGCCCCGUCACCCUCUUACCCUUCCAGUCGGAUGCCCCACAUGGGACAGUACACCUCUGGGUCACACAACCCAGCUCAGUUCCCUCCUGGUGCUGGCCAGCCCAACCCUCCACAGUAUUAUAAGUCUGAGCCUUUCAAUGGUCAGGGCAGUCUGCCUUCCGCAGCACCUGGGGGAUACAAUGCCUUCACGCAGGCUGCGGUGAACGGGCCAGGUAGAGGUGGAGUGAUGCCGGGGUAUCCCACCUCACCAAUGGGAGGGAAUCCCACACCGCCCAUGACCCCUGGCAGCUCCAUUCCCCCCUACUUGUCCCCAGGUCAGGAUACUAAGCCACCCUACAUUCCACUGGAUACCAAACCCAACAUCAGCAACCAGCAGCCUCCAACGGGUAAUCCCAGUGAUGAUCUGCGUCUGACGUUCCCGGUACGAGACGGCGUCGUGUUGGAGCCGUUCAGACUGGAGCACAACCUGGCUGUCAGUAACCAUGCCUUCCAACUGCGAGAGUCAGUCUACAAGACACUAAUAAUGAGACCAGAUUUGGAGCUGCAAUUUAAAUGUUACCACCAUGAAGACAGACAGAUGAACACGAACUGGCCCGCCUCAGUGCAGGUCAGUGUUAACGCGACUCCUCUGUCCAUUGAAAGAGGCGACAACAAGACCUCUCACAAACCUCUGUACCUAAAGCAAGUGUGUCAGCCAGGACGCAACACGGUGCAGAUCACUGUGACAGCGUGCUGCUGUUCUCACCUGUUUGUGCUGCAGUUGGUGCACCGGCCCUCUGUCAGGUCUGUCCUGCAGGGUUUGAUGAAAAAGAGGCUGCUGCCGGCCGAGCACUGCAUCACCAAGAUAAAGAGAAAUUUCAGCAGCGGGACAAUCCCUGGAACGCCGGGCCUGAACGGAGAGGAUGGGGUGGAGCAGACGGCGAUCAAAGUGUCCCUCAAAUGCCCGAUUACGUUCAGGCGGAUCCAGCUGCCAGCCCGAGGUCAUGACUGUAGGCACAUACAGUGUUUUGACCUGGAGUCCUACCUGCAGUUGAACUGUGAAAGAGGGACGUGGAGAUGUCCUGUGUGCAACAAAACAGCUUUGCUAGAAGGCCUGGAGGUGGACCAGUACAUGCUCGGGAUCCUUGUCUACAUCCAGAAUUCUGACUAUGAGGAGAUCACCAUAGACCCGGUGUGCGGCUGGAGGCCAGUACCCGUCAAGCCUGACAUUCACAUAAAGGAAGAGCCUGAUGGUCCGGUCCUGAAACGUUGCCGCACAGUCAGCCCAAGUCACAUGGUCCUGCCCAAUGUGAUGGAAAUGAUCGCGGCUCUGGGCCCAACGUCGUCUCCCUACCAGAGUCUGACCGGGGGAGGCAGGAACACACCCGACUACAGCAGGACAGGGUUCUCCAGCCAAUCAGGAUUCACGGAUUUCCCCAACACUCCUGGGACCCCCACACUCGGAGAGUACACCCCUUCUGGACCACCACCCCCUGUCUCCUAUCAGUCAGAGCAGACGGGUCAUCCUGGAGGAAUCGAACACUCACACAACAUCCUCCAGCAGCAUGCUUCAGGUGUCCACGGCAACCAGAGUCUCAGUGACGCCAGCAGCCCACUGCCUCAAAGGAGCUCCAGUACCCAGAAUUCGCGACUGCAGGGUGACAGCUCCUUUGGUUUGGGCGGUCCAGGAGAGGCGGCCGAUCACACUCUAGAUCUUCUUCCUGAGCUGACGAACCCAGACGAGCUGCUGUCGUACCUGGGGCCACCUGACCUCCCCAACAACAGCAACGAUGACCUGCUGGCGCUGUUUGAGAACAACUGAUGUGAACUUCACCUUCCAGAACCAGCCUUCAGCUUGCUGUCAUGGAGCCCGCUUGGGUUAAAGGCCGCCUCGGCUCUGUUUGCACCCACUUCUGCGCGUGUGUGUGUGUGUGUGUGUGUGUGUGUGUGUGUGUGUGUGUGUGUGUGUGUGUGUGUGUGUGUGUGUGUGUGUGUGUGUGUGUGUGUGUGUGUGUGUGUGUGUGUGUGUGUGUGUGUGUGUGUGUGUGUGUGACACAGCGUUUGUGUUUUGUUUCUUGUCUUUCUUGGGUGUCCAACUGCGCUCUAAUCUAUUCAGUUUAGUGGUGAGGUGCACCAUGGAGCGCUGUAGGACUCUGGUGAGUGUGAAGGACUGAACCACGUGGACUCUGAAGGCAUCAGACCAGCAUUUUACUCUAUAGCACAAGUCACUGGUGGGAGGGGUUCAUUCAUGGGGAAGUCCAGCUAAAGGAUGCAUACUCGUGCAGCAUCAGCCAGAACUUUUGUAUAGAUUUGCCCAUGUUAGACAGAGGUACAAUUUUGAUACAUGAGAAUUUUUUCCUCAGUUGCUUUGAGUCCAGACAGCAGAACGUUGUUCUCAUCUUGUAUGUUCCAGUUUUAUGCUUCCAUCCUGUGCUCCAACUGUCAUGUGAAGAAGUGGUUUUAUUAUUUCUAGUUAAUCUGAUCAGAAGCCUCCACAGUAAAGGUUUUCUCUCACUGCGGCGUGUUUACCUGCGUCGACAUAAAGAAGAAUAUUCAGCUGUAAAGCAUCUUUGUUGAGCUUCGGUUCUUGUUCCACAUGCUGCCUUUGAAGUUGUCUUUUUGUAAUCCCCUUUGAUAUGAAAGUGUUUUUAACAGGAUGCUUAUUAGUUUGGAAGUUAAUCUACAUGAUCUCUUUCAUCUGGAUUUUCCAGACCAUGACUGUAAGCAUAAGAACAUCAAAACCAACAGUGUUUGUCCAUCCCUCCAAACAGAAAUCACUUACGUGAAUCAGUGUUUUCCUAAAAGUAGCUCAAAGAGGAGGAGGAGCUGCGUAUGUUUCUGUUUUGGGCAGAGCUGUUUAGCGGAAAAUAAUUUAUAUCUGUUAAAUGUGGUGAUGAUAUACAGAUUAUGUCAGUAUUUUUACAAAUAUUUAUUGUUUUAACUGUUAAGUCGUGUUCCAGGGUUUCAACGCAAGCAUCCGUUUCUGCCUUUAGUGUUGACAAGAAGGAAAUAACGGCUGUUUGUCUCAACAAACUGAACGACAACGUCUAAGCUGUUAGUCAUCGAUUAAUGCACCAUAAAACGUUCCAGGUUUCCUCCCAGGAAGUGAUGUAAACUUCAGAGUCUGUAGUGUCUCAUAAACUCAUCAUAAAUCCACUUGUUUUCACUUAAAGUUGUUGCUUUUGGGCUGUUUUAAUUCAAUUUUAAUUAUAUAGGCAACCCCCUUAACUAGAAAUGUAGCCAGUGGUGGUGUAACAGUAUUAAUUUAGCUUUGAAGCAUGUUUCUAUAAAUGUAGUUGACAUGUUGUCCAGUUUGGUGUUUAGCGACAGAUGAAAACACACUUUGAGCUUUUAGGGAGUGAUGCACGGUUCACAGAUUGUAUAUAAAACAUGGAUGUAGCAGCUAAUCUUACAACAUUAUGACCAGUUUUUUGCUGCAAAUUUUAAGAUGAAGUCAGACUGAUAUUUACACUUUAGUUGUACAACUUUUAAAGGUGUGGUUCACUGGGGAAAAAAUAUUUUUAAUGUUUAUUUCUGAUUAUAAUUGGUCACUCUGAGUUUUUCACUCAGGCUGAACAUGAAAAUAGUCUCCUACACCUAUCUCCUACAUUAGUUUCUGAUAGAAAAUAGAUGGUGAAACUCUAGGAUUAGAAAAUCCUGACAGAUCUACGUCACACUGUCACUUAACAUUCAGGGACUCACCCAUCUUGGUUCAUGACAGGUAAGGCUGUUUUUGGUUUAGCGUCCAGGAAACAGAGAAUAUCUCAAUUAGUAGAAGCUAACCAUUAGCAUCUCCACCACACAGCAGAACUCCUCCAGGCUUGUGUCAUUAGUGGAGAUAAAAUAUCAAUGUUGCAGAGUCAGUGGUAGAGUUGCAUUGCUGUUUCCAAUCAGAUGUCAAAAUAAGACUCCAAAUCCUGUCGUCUAAAGCUCUCGUCUGAUCUGGCCCAUUUCUAGUUCCUGAAGCAGGUGCACCAGGGCUUUUUUCCACUGAGUACAACUUAAAAGGCAUUCAUUCCUACUAGGGACCACAGCAAAUCUGUUGAUUAAACAAGUGUUCCACACCUUUAAAAUUUUCAGUUUUUAGAUGUUUUAUUUUAAAAAUUAUUCUAAAUGAAAAGGUGGUUUUAUGUAUCACACCUAUCAACCAAACUUACAACUUGAGGCUUGAAGUUUGACAAACCAGCAGGUGACAUCCUGGUGGAUUCCUCCAGUUUUGUAAAUAUGACCAAUGGGAAGAACAUUUUGUGUUUUACAGAAAAUGUUUCAUGUUUCCUAAGCAAAGUCUUCAGAUCCGUUCCCAUAAGGUUCUUGUCAACGGGACACAUUCAUUGUUGGUUUUGGCAUUUUUAUGAGAAAUGCUGGAAUGGAAAAAUAAAGAAGUCGUAUUGUAAACGAUGAGGAAGAUGUGGAACAUGAACAGUAGUCUUGACAGGAUGUGAGAAUGGACAGUCAACGAAAGGCCCAUAUGUACAGCUGAGAGAUUCAUUGUGUCAACAACAUGAUACAGCACUGUGAAAUCCCCCAUUCACCACCACCACCACCCUCUGCCUGGGUGGUUUCUGUAAAUGAGCUGUGUGUCAUGGUGUCCUCUGCUGUGGGGAAGCUUUUAUGUUUUGAAACUUUUCAACAUGUUUAACCCAACCUGACACGGGUUUAUGUACUGUAUAAUCAGCUGUUUUCAUUAGAGAACGUGUGUGAAUCGAUUGUUAAUCAUGGUAACUUUAAUGUCAUUAGUUGGAUAAUGGGUCAUUUUUGGCACUGUAUUCAUUUCUGUAUGUUGGAAAGCUAUAAAGCAGUGGUAAAAUAAUGUCUACAUCAUAUAAACAAACCUGAAUCAGCUGACAGGCACGUAGGGAAGAGAUGCUAAAGUCGGGUUUUACUACCACUUUAACGCUGAUGUUUUUUAUUAUGAUGGAUUUUUGGACUCCACCCUCAACAAUGAAACAUGCUCUUUGCCAGUAUAAGCAACACAAAGUGUUUUAUUAGAAAAUUAUGAACUAUUUAACUGCAAAAUUGUUAGAUGGUGAGGAAAAAAGUUUUUUAAUAUGUAAACAGCUUCAUAUAUUUUGUAAUUCAUUGUAAUUGACAUAAUUUUCUAUUUAUUUUGUAAUCAUAAUCAUCAUUGUACCCACAUUUAUUUGGUCCUCUCCUGAAUCUAAAUUAAAGUCACUUUAUUUGACAAAAUGAA